AUGGGUUGUGGUGCAUCAGAAGUAUCAAAUUCUCUCGACAAUUAUCCUCAUCCUAAUACUAAAGCAACAGUAACACUAUCAUCGUCCUCUAAUUUAUUAAAUCAGCGAUCCGAUUCAAAUCGCAUCAUUCCAAAAUGGGAUCAUCGAACUGACACAAAUGAAAUUAUUCAAAAUUUUCUUUUGAUUUGGCUUGAUGAAAACAUCGAUGAAUCCAGCGAUGAUUAUCUUAAUUCUAUCAAACAACUACGACGAACAAUCAAUACCAUUGAAAUAUUUCAUGAUAUAAAUGCAUUUAUUGGUUAUCUGUCACGAAUACAAAACGAAAAGUCGUUCCUCAUUAUUUCAGGAGCUCUAUGUGAAAGUGUCGUGCCACGUAUUCAUGAUAUGAUACAGCUGCAUUCAAUCUAUGUCUUUUGUCGACAACAAGAAAAAUGUGAAGAAUGGGCAAAAGACUGGUCCAAAGUAAAAGGUAUUUUCACCGCAAUUACCUCACUUUGCGACAUGGUUCGACAAUCUGCUCGGCAAUGUGAUCAAGAUGGUAUUGGAAUUACUGGUGUAUCGUCAUUGAAUCAAAUCGAACCAUCCUUUAUGUAUACACAGCUCUUGAAAGAAAUUAUUCUUGAAAUUGAUUUUGACGAACAGAAAGAAAUUAACAAUCUCGUCGAGUAUGCUCGUAACGAAAAGGAGCCAUUCGAUGGUACAGUCGACAAUGUUUCACGUAUCAAUUAG